CUUUCCAUCCCUCUCUUUGACCCUCAAAUACUAGUAUAAGCAAAUGUGGGGAGGAAUGGGUUUUGUGGAAUUUUGCUUAAUUAGUAUGAAAUUUUUUUGUUUGUGUGAUAAUUCUACUGUAUCUGAAAGAAGGGACCCGAUCAUUAUCCUCUUUAACUUCUAUAUGUUUUCUGAUUUUGGGUAAUUUGAUGAUAGAUAUUGAAAUAAAGUUUUUUUUUUUUUUUGGGUGUUGCUUGUGUAUGCAUGUGUUUCUUUUCAUUGAUGAAUUAGAAAGCCACUUCUGUUACGGUUUGGUUUUACGGUUUCCGACCUUGAAUGUGGAAAUUGGUGGAUUGUUUUGUGUACUGGACAAUGAAACUUGUGCAGAUCCAUUAGUUUUGAAUUUUCUCGGGCCAUAGUUGAAUAUCUCAAUUUGGUUUGCCAAUUGAAUCUUUAGAUCAUACUGAGUUGAAACGAGGCCUCCAAGCUGAUAUAUAUAUAUAUAUAUAUUUUUUUUUUUUUCACUUUUGUAUUUCUGGUUAUGAGUUAUGAGCUAUAUCAAUGGCUUUUACUUGACAUAUAUAUGAUUAAUCUGGCUGAAUCCAGCCCCACUAACUUCAAGAUUCAGAUGUAUUUUGAAAGUUUACCUCUAGUUGGAUUCAUUCUUUAAGCUGCUUUGAUUCCCCUUUAAGGCUGGGUCCUGUUUGGCAUACUCAGUUGAGGAAGAUUAUUGCAAAUGUGAAAAAUAUGCUGACUUUCUAAAUAUGCUCAAUUUAGAAGUUGUGCACUGGGAAGGCCCUUGUAAUGAUCAAUUUAAUUUUUAAGUUUUAUUGGAUAUGACAUUUUUGUUUUGUUUUAUCACUAAGAUAUUAAAUAAGAAUGGUAUACUGAUCAUGGAGAGACCACCAUAGAAUAUCAUGGCUUAGUUCUAUAUAGAUUUGUUCCCUUAUGGUAUAUGCAUAUUCAUUGUAAACUUUUUGCCAGCCUUAAUGGAAAUCUUGAUAUGGAAUGCUUGGAAGUUCUGAUGGUACAUGUGCAGAACUCUCAGACAAUUUUCAAUCUAGAUUGAACAUUACGGAAAAACUCUGCCUAUGUGAGCUUAACAAAGCAUUACUGGUCCUGAACGUAGGAAAAGAAGGAAGGUUGCAGUAGUUUGACAGCCACGUAAAACUCAGUCAAUUCUCAUGAGUAUUGAAUGUUCGUUCAGCUGAGGUACAUCAAGGAGUCUGAAGAAAUACGCCUUGCCAUGCAACCUUGGGCACUGAUAAAAAGAGUGAAGGAAAUUGAACAGGAAGCAUAUGCAGAACCAGAAGUAGUACAACAGAAAGAUAAAAAGCAAACUGCUGCUGUUGAUCUUUCUAAAAGAUUAAAGGAUUUGCGUUCUAUUAAUGAUGCUGCCAGCUUGAAAGCUCUGGAGGAAUGGCGUAAAAGAAAGAUGGAACGAGCCAGACUACGGGAACGGGAGAAGAAUGGAACAGGGACCUCUCAAGCUUGAUGACCUUCCACAAUUGGUUGUUCCAAUAAUUAUGUGGACUUCAAACCUUUUGCUCCUUAAAAGUUAUUUCAAAAUGUAUACGUGUAUAUAUUGCAACCAUAAUUCCAUGAAAAAUAGAGCACUUGUAUUUGCCAUCUCACAGAUCAUUUUAUUAUUAUUAGUAUUAUUAUUAUUAUUAUU